AAUGAAAGUCAUCCCUUCAACUAGUGGAAAAAUGGAGCAAAGGCAUAGAGAUUACCUUGAUAAGAUAGACGAACUGACGAGUAAUAAUUACUUCACACGUGGUGUAAUAAUGGAGCAACUCCCUCCUCCAGAAAGUAAAUCAAAUUUGAUCAUUAUUCCAAGCAAUGCAAAGGGAGCAGGAUUUUUAAGAGACUGUUAUGACGAGUUCUUCUUAGCUGGCCUUAUCCAUAAACAAGAAUUUGAUCAAAUUAUAAACACUGUUAAUAAGAUUAUGGGUAAUCUAUUUUCAAAAUAAGAGAAGGGCAGAUAAAGAGACAACCCCUUGGUAUCAGAUUAAUAUGAUCAUACUGAGUGCAAUCAUAAUGCUGGCGUUCUUAAUUAUGGCUUUCUAUAUUCCAAAAUAUGGGAUGGCAUAUACCAUUGUCACCUUCUCUUUAUGCCUAAUCAGCAUGCUACUCAUCAUAACAGUGACCAUAAUUAAUGUUAUCGGAGUUGAACCCCAGAUAGUCGCUUUUGAGGAUAUGGUCCAGGAGGAAGUCCCUGAAUAUCUUGAAGCUUUGAAUAUCUCAAAAUUUGCCAACAAAGGAAUGGAAUGGUAUCUCAUGCCAGGGCAUUAUUGGCUUGAAUUGAGAAUAAACCCAUUAGCCACUCCUCAGGAUGUUCCUAACUUCCAAUCUGAAGGAACUGAUCGAGCAGACAACCUGCAGACAGAGGAACGAUUAAGGACAGCUCUUAAUGAAGAAACGAAGGAAAGAAUGAUUACAGAUAAGAGUAGAGACCAAGAUCGAUAUGGAGAUCUCACAAAAAUCUUGGAGGACAUCAGCAUCGAACCAAAACUCGAAAAAAAGACCGACAGCAAGAACUAUAGUAAAAAUGACAGCAAAAUGUUCUCUCACAAUUACGACCAUGAUGAAUAAUACCCAAAUUAACUAUAAUUCAACCACCACC